AGGGCCUCACACAUGCUAGGCAAGCGCUCUACCACUGAGCCACAACCCCAGCCCAGUUUGUAAAGGUUUUCAAGGGAAGUGUGCCUGCAAAUGCAGAGUUGAUAAGAAAAACAGAUUAUUUUAACUAGGCCUCUGGCUUUGGGCCAGAGCUUCACACAGAUGUUCACAUUUCAAGGAGAAAAGGUUACUAAUUGGGCUCCAUGGUAACAGCUGGCAGGGGGAAGGAAGAAAGGGGAGAAGAAGCUCUCCCCUUGUCAGUCGCUGACUUGAAGAGUUAACUUGCCCAGAAAAGUGAAAGGAAAAGCUGCUUCUGUGUGAACUUCUGAGCCCUUCACCUUACACACUGGGUAUAAAGUUCUGAAACUGCCUGAACUUGAGUUUCAGGGGGAUUAGUUGAUUACAGCGAAAGCUGUGCCCUCUGAACCUUGCUGCAGCCAAAUGAACCUGCUUCCUGUUUCCUAUCUGGUGUCCUGCCUCAUCUGUACAUAAGUAUACCAUAAUUUGUAGUUAGAUAUUGGGUUGUUUCCAUAUGUCAGUAUUAUAAAGAAAAUGAACGAUGUCUUUAUUUCCUUGGAACACUAUCCAAAAUGAAAUUGUGAGGUCAUAUAUGUGUAAUAUUUUAAAGCUUUUCAUAUGUAUUGUCAAAUUGCCCUCCAAAAAAAAUACAUGAAUUUACAUUCUUGUUUUUCUUAGUUCUGAGACUCCCCAGUACAAUGACUCAAGCGGAAAUUAAACUGUGUUCUUUGUUGCUAAAAGAGCAUUUUGGAGAGAUUGUAGAAAAAAUUGGAGUUCACUUAAUCAGAACUGGCAGCCAGCCACUUAGAGUAAUUGCCCAUGACACGGGAACAUCACUGGAUCAGGUGAAAAAAGCCCUUUGUGUCCUGAUCCAACAUAACCUGGUGAUAUAUCAAGUGCAUAAACGUGGUGUGGUGGAGUAUGAAGCUCAGUGCAGCCGGGUGUUGCGAAUGCUUAGAUAUCCCCGGUACAUCUAUACUACCAAAACACUCUACAGCGACACUGGAGAGCUGAUUGUCGAGGAGCUGCUGUUGAAUGGCAAAAUGACAAUGUCCGCUGUUGUGAAGAAAGUGGCAGACCGACUCACAGAAACCAUGGAGGACGGCAAGACCAUGGACUAUGCUGAGGUAUCAAACACGUUUGUGCGACUGGCAGAUACACACUUUGUACAGCGCUGUCCCUUAGUGCCUACCAUUGAGAAUUCAGAUCUUGGACCACCACCACCUGCCCCAACCCUUGUUGUUAAUGAAAAGGACAUGUACCUGGUUCCUAAAUUGAGCUUGAUAGGAAAAGGUAAAAGGAGGAGAUCAUCUGACGAAGAUGCUGCUGGGGAACCCAGAGCCAAGAGACCAAAACAUACCACAGAUAACAAAGAGCCCAUUCCAGAUGAUGGGAUUUACUGGCAGGCCAACCUUGAGAGAUUCCACCAACACUUCCGUGACCAAGCCAUUGUGAGCGCAGUUGCCAACAGGAUGGACCAGACAAGCAGUGAGAUUGUGCGGACCAUGCUCCGGAUGAGUGAGAUUACCACUCCCUCUAGUGCCCCCUUCACCCAACCGUUGUCUUCCAAUGAGAUCUUCAGAUCCCUGCCGGUUGGCUAUAACAUCUCUAAGCAAGUUCUUGAUCAGUAUCUCACUCUGCUGGCAGAUGAUCCACUAGAGUUUGUUGGAAAGUCUGGCGACAGUGGUGGAGGAAUGUAUGUCAUCAACCUCCAUAAGGCAUUAGCAUCUCUAGCCACAGCGACUCUGGAAUCCGUCGUACAGGAGAGAUUCGGAUCUCGCUGUGCCAGAAUAUUCCGUCUAGUUUUGCAAAAGAAACACCUGGAGCAGAAGCAGGUGGAGGACUUUGCAAUGAUUCCUGCAAAGGAGGCAAAGGAUAUGCUAUAUAAGAUGCUCUCAGAAAAUUUCAUAUCACUCCAGGAAAUUCCCAAAACACCAGACCAUGCCCCAUCUAGGACCUUCUAUUUAUAUACUGUGAAUGUCCUGUCAGCCGCCCGGAUGUUGUUGCACAGGUGCUACAAGAGCAUAGCCAACUUAAUAGAAAGGAGACAAUUUGAAACCAAAGAGAACAAGCGUCUACUAGAAAAGUCCCAGAGGGUAGAAGCCAUCAUUGCAUCUAUGCAGGCCACAGGUGCAGAGGAGGCACAGCUACAAGAAAUAGAAGAGAUGAUCACAGCUCCUGAACGCCAGCAGCUGGAGACCCUGAAACGGAAUGUCAACAAGUUGGAUGCCAGUGAGAUCCAGGUAGAUGAAACAAUCUUCUUGCUGGAGUCAUACAUCGAGAGCACCAUGAAGAGACAAUGACUCAGAAGAAGCAUCUUCCUCAAAAGAUCUGGGGGGAUGGAAAGAAAAAUAAAGGAGGUGCCUGGAUGCAUUCUUUUAAGUGGAAUAAGUUGCAGAUUCUUAUACUGAAAAUUCCAUUAUGAAAAUACCUGGAAAAUUUUGACACAUUUUUUCAAGUCUGCUGACUGGUUUAGACCCAUCACUAUAUUCUCCCCUCAUCAAAUCUUGGCAGUAGAAAGAACCUUAAAUGAUUAAAAUUAAUCAUCUAUAAGAUU